AUGUUUAGGGGAACCGCCAGGCCUCGCGGGCCAGUGUGCAACGAGUCUGAUAACUCCGUCAUGGAAAUGUCGUUCAUGGACAACCAGGAUAUUAACAACACAACUAGGCUCGACACUACUGGGACCUCUGACAUUAAACAGCUGGUAACUGAACUUCGUCUGUUUAGGGAAGAAAUGCGCACGAUGAGUCAACAUAUCCAGGCUCUUCGCGUAACGGUGGCUAACCUGACGACAAAAAUUGACGCAUGUGAUGGGCGCGUCGAUAGUUUAUGUGCCCGUGUCGAAGCCCUAGAGAAAAACACCACAACUUCUAGUGUAGGUAAAGACACUGAGGCUUCACUGGCGGACACGGUAGCCCAGUUAAGAUUAGAGCUAAACGAUCGCGAUCAGGAUAUGUUACUCAACGACGUCGAGUUAUCAAAUGUACCGGAGCAAAGUGGGGAAAACACUUUGCACAUAGUAGCUACCUUGGGCCAGAAGCUCGGAGUUACGCUGACGGAACACGACAUCGUCGACGCGAGUCGAGUAGGGCGGGCGCCGCGACUCGAUGACGAAGCCCAGGGCCAGCCGGCCCGCCCGCGGCUGCUGGUGGUGAAGCUGGCGCGCCGCGCCGUGCGCGACCGGCUGCUGCAGGCGGCGCGGGUGCGGCGCGGGGCCACCACGGAGGGCACCGGCCUGCCGGGCCCCGACACCCGCUUCUACGUCAACGAGCGGCUCACGUUCCUCAAUCGACGGCUGUUCCAGAAGGCGAGGCAGCUCAAGGAACACUAUGGCUGGUUAUACGGCCGCGUUGUUAUAUUCCGCACGAACUGA